CAUCUCCUCCGCUCCGACCUACUUAAGUAUACGUAUCCGCAUCUGCCCAAUUCAAUUUACUCCUCCCAAGCUACAACUCUCACCCCACUCCAACAAAUCACCCCAUUCAUCCAUUCAACUAUACCACACCAAAAUGCGCCUCCCAACCCUCGCCACCAUCCUCGCCCUCUCCCUCACCACCUUCGCGUCCGCCUCCAACCUCGGAAUCGAAGUCACCCACUCGGUCGAAUGCACCCGCAAGACCCAAGAUGGAGAUACAGUGUCCAUGCACUACCGGGGCAAGCUCGCGUCUGACGGAUCCGAGUUCGAUGCUAGUUAUAACCGCGGCACUCCGUUGAAGUUUAAAUUGGGGGCUGGGAGGGUUAUUAAGGGAUGGGACCAAGGUCUCCAGGACAUGUGCAUUGGAGAGAAGCGCACGUUGACGAUUCCGCCUGAGUUGGGAUACGGCGAUCGGGGCAUUGGGCCGAUUCCUGGCGGUGCGACGUUGAUUUUUGAGACAGAGUUGGUGGGUAUUCAGGGGGUUAAGAAGGAUGAGUUGUAAUCUUAUCUUCUUUCUUCUUUCUUAUUAUGGGAUUGUGGGGUAUAACGAUAUGAUUCUGUUCUAUUUGUAUCGUUCUAGGGUAUCAUCUUCUAAAGUGUAGAAUAGGUACACGGAUCAACAGCAUGAGUCUAUGUAUACAGGGAUUAAUCCAUCGC